AUGGACCCGUUACCAAUUUUCGAAGAUUUUAUCAAUACAAAAGGAGGGAGCAAAGUGAAUCACGAUGUAAAAAUUUUGGGAAUGGCAAACAUUCAUAUGCUGGGAAAAAGUUUAAUUCACAGAGGAGUCACCAUGCGAGGAGAUCUAGAAACGAUAAGGAUUGGAAAGCUCGCAAUUAUUGGAGAAAAUUCAAUUAUUGAACCACCAUCAAUCGCCAACUAUGGUCUGGAAGUCACACAAAAAAUAGGAACACAUCUUCCUGUAGUCAUUGGCGAUCAUGUAUUUAUUGGAAAGGAUUCAAAAAUAAGAGCCGCUGAAAUCGGUUCUUUUGUGUACAUUGGAAAUAAUUGUGUGAUUGGUGAGAGAUGUAUUCUUCGUGAUUGUUGCAGGGUUGAAGACAAUUCUGUAGUGGCUUCUGAUACUGUUAUACCUUCAUUUACAUCGUUUGCUGGAAAUCCUGCUCGAAUGACAUUGCAAGAAUUGCCAGAAUGUACAGAACUUUUGAUGAGAGACCUCACAACUAAUAUCUGGAUCCAAUAUUCCCCAAAAAUUAUUUAG